CGGUGUACUGGGACGCUUAAUUUCCAAUCUUUUCUGAAAAGCAGCAUUCACAAAAUUGCUGUCGAAGAGGCGGGGAUGUAAAGCGGUAUUGAAAAAAAAAUAAUGUUGUAUAAUUUGAUCGCAAUUAUUGACUAAAUUGUCGAUGUCAAAUCAAACAAAUUCCUUUUGAAGUACAUAUUUCAUUACUAGAUGAGUAACACGUAAAAUUUACUGGAAUUUUCUCUUUAGUGUUUUUUACCGGAUAUUUCUAUAGCGAGAGACUUUUAAUAUGUUUGCUUCUAAUCCUUAGUGGUUUUUAUGUUUCGAAAGUUGUACGUCAUGGGUUGAAGAGACAGUGCACUCAAAUUUCGUUUAGUUUUGGAUAAUUAUGAAUAUGUGAUACGCUGACAUAUAAUUUUCAUAACGAAAUGUGGCAGGAAACGAUGAUCAAAGAAGCUUUUCUUGCGGUUGUGAUUUACGAAUUAAUGAGUACCGUUCUGACGUGCACUUAUGUGGUAGAGUCACGUCGAGUGAUGGAACGGGCUAUAGACCUGAAGACUGAAGAAUUGCCGUCCGGCCCGUGCGAGAUACCAGGUCUUAUGAAAGAUCGAUGGAUACUGGUUGACAGACCACGGGAAAGGAUGAGGAUCAGAGGGAACGUUAUGGUUGUGAAAUAUGGCAACACAAGACUAAAGUACAAGUGUUUGGAAAGCAAAGGGCAUACAUUCCUUUUAGGGACCUCAGACUAUCUUGGCCACAGACAAGGUGUGCUGUGUCUUGGAUUUGCUCAGAUCAACAACAACGAUGUUGCAGACUACAGCGUCGUGCGUCUCAAUGCUCGUGGCUUGGAGCGCACCUUGUUGAGUCCCCAGAUUCUGCCUAAAUAUACGGACACCUUUCCUUCGCUCAAUGAAACUUGUGUUCUAACCGGCGGCGACAGGGAUUACUAUGCACUUAUAAGACGAACAGAGCGAAGAUGCGUUUUUCCAGACGAAUUAAUACGUUCUUGGAACUUCACAUACAGAAGUGCUAAACAUGUUGCUUUUGCUAAAAAGACAUUUACAAUUACAUUAAUGGACGGAAACAAGACUAGGUUUGAUUGCAGUAUAAACGAUGGAGAUUUAUAUGUACUCAGAUCUCCGGGAUUCAAAGAACCUUCCACAGACGGCAUCGUAUGUUUUAACAUCACAAAACUUAUUGAAGACCCGCACUAUCAGUAUGAAAUGUCAAGAUUAAACAGCGGAGAGCAGCCUUCUGCUGGCAGCGGUCACCUUGUUGAGAUGAUCAAAUUGUUCCCCGCAGGAAAACUUAUCAGUUUAUAUGACCAUUGUGACUGGUUAGACAGCCCAGCAAGACCUCAAUACUUGUACUGAAAUAUAUGGAGUGCAAGUAUAUUAAUGAAAAUGUUAUAAUUAUACAGAAUAAUUAUUCGGGUUGACCAAGAACAGCUGUUUAGCUUAUUCUUUGUAUACAAUGACUAUUCCAUGACAUCAUAUGACUGAUCAUUAGUAGCGUAGUUUGAUGACUGCAAUGAAGAUCACAGGGGGAAGAUAAGAAUAUUAUUAAAUUUUGUGCUAUAGUAAAUGAAAUGUUGGCUUGGAAGUGUAAAACUCAGAGAAGUUUGGAGAAUAUGUAUCGGAAAAUAGUAUAGAGUUUUGCACGAGUUGUGAGGAUUGGAAAAAUAUCCACUUUCUCCAAAAAUGGAAUACAGGAUUGUUUGAGUGAUUUCUGCGUGUUAAAUAUUGUAUAUCAUAUAGAUCUAGGAGUUAGGCACAGCCAAUCAUUAUUUCGUUCUGAUUCAAGUUUUUACCAUUUGGUACAAGUGUCACUCAAGACUAUAUUUUUAUAAAUCAUCAUUUAAUAGUUCAUUUGACCAUGAUUUUAAAUGCUCUUCGUAUCUAUCACAUUUGUACCAUUCCAUUUACCUUUCGAUCAUAUGAGUAGCAUUUAUGAUUCAUUUUAACUUCUGUUCAGAAUGAAUUGUUUUUCUCAAACAAUAAUGACAUCAUCAAGUCCACGGACCAAGCGAGAGAAGCGGGUUUUCCACUAACAAUAGUUUUUGUUUGUCAUUUCUCUCUCUCAUUUUACAUAUCAUUACAAUGAAAUUAGAGGUAUUUUUCCACAGACCGAUUGAACAGUACAUAUUUUAGCUGGAAGGAUAUACUUCUUCAGUAAGGAAUGAAAAUAUAUAGCUACUUUAUUCAACAGUCUUAUCUUUUAAAAGGAUUGGUACGUUACAGGUAUUGUGUUAAUUAAGUAUAUUUAUUUUGGUACAAAAUGUUCCACUUUUUACAUUAGAUUACAAGAUUAAAAAAAACUUUUGUCAAAUAUUUUCUCAUUGAAUAGAGGAGAAGUACGACAUUUUGAUAUUGGAGUUUAAUUUUUAUAUCGGAGUUUAGUUUACAGGUACAUAUUUUAUAUACCAUAUAAAUUAAGAUUUAAUGUAUUUGUUUAUUUGUGAUAUUAUAUUCAUGGGAAAAAUUUCAUUAAAUUAAUGUUUCAUUAAUAAGAUCUUAAGUUUUCCUUACAAUUUUUUAAUGCCGUUAAACCAUCAGAUAUUCUCCAAAGCGUUAGUUCUUGGUUUUUGUUACAAGACCGCUGUAUAUUUACAUGUUCAGUUAAGGUCAGCUUGUCGCACCUUUGUUAUCAUUACGAUGAUAGUGGAGUCACCUAGCAGAAAUAUAUAUAUAGGUACACUGACCUGUAAUUUUGGAACUUGAUGAACCUGGAAAUAGAGAUAUUUUUUUGUGUACCAGUAACCAGUUUUAACUCACCGACGGUAUGUUUGUCAUGGAUCGUUCCAAGGCGGUGUCUAACACUUCUACUGUAUUUGUUUUGGCCUUUGACGAGUUAUUGUGUUACGUUGUUCAUGUACUUUUGUUAAGAUAUCAGUAAUGUUCCUGUCUAUAUAUAUAAACUGAUAUAGAAGCAGCUGUCUUGAAACGUGGUUUUCUGUAUGUGUACUAUUAUUUCCUAUUUAACCCUUGCUUGCUAAAUUUCUAGAAUGAACUUGUCCUUCUUUCAAUUUGGACAGUAUGAUUAACUGUUUAAAGGGGUGCUUACCAAAAAUAUGCUGACUGAAGAACACGGAUGUGAAGGCUGUUCUUGGUAUGUACUGGCCGCAAAGGCAUAAUCACUUGCCGCCAGCAGGCUAAGGGCUAAUUAGAGUAUAGAUAACUUGAAGAUGAAUAAGACAUUUUAUCACAUAUCUGGUGUUGCGGAAUUGAAAUAAAGUCACUAUAUAAUUUUAGUAUUACACUAGUAUAGCUUUGACGUUGACGUCGUUUUAAGUCUAGGAGACGUUGGCCGAAAACAGGUAAAGAAAUAAGAAAUUUUUAUGUUUCAGCAGGAAAUUCUAACAUGUGAUAAAAUUGAUCUCUUCACAUUGAAUUUAAUAUUAAACUCGUUGAACAAAAUUGAAAAAAAAAAAGUUCGGCAGAGCCUCGUAUUUUAUUAUUUUAUUCAAUUCGUUUAAUAAAUUCAAUAUGAAAAGACAGUCAUGUAAUAUCAUCUAUAUAGUGUGCCAUUUUUGAAUAUUAGUCAAUAUUACAAAUAUAAAACGGAAUUAAUACAGGCAAAAGCUCUCUGAACGGAAUAAUAUUUACAGAAAAAAACAACUACAGAAAUGUUGUCAAUAGUUCCAAUGGCUUUUACACGACCAGUCUUGCAAUGUUUUUCUUUUCACAUUUCCUUGGAUACAAUUUGUACAAAAGUUCGCAAAAACGGUUGAUUUUUUUAGAAUUACAUUGCUGGCGUUAUUACGUAAUUUUCAGUAUUAUUGUGAAUUCUACUGCACCAGUUGUUUGUUAACUGUGCAAAGCCACAGACUGGUGCUCAUUGUCCUGUCUUUGUUUUAAGUACGCAAAUAAAUGAAUUGGAAUAAAGGACUAAUUGACAAUAAUUCUUGUCAUACUUUCUAUAUGGAAUUAUUGAGAAUUUACAAAAUUUGAUUGAGGUCCGGCAAUAUUUUCCAAGGGUAUUUUUAUGUUUACUAUACCUUUAUAUCCGCUGGCUAUCUAUAUGUCUAUAUUAAUAAAUCUUUGAUAUAGCCGAAAUUACACUAUAUUUUGUUUUAACAUGUGUGAAUAAAAUAUCUCUGA